CAUUCCAUUAACAUUUUUAUAUAUUUCUUUUUUAAUUUCUUUUUUAGCUAACAAACCCCUCACCCCCAUAACUUCCAUCUUCUUCAUUACUUAUCAAUUUCUGGCUACUUAAUUUGAUUUCGAAAUAAAGAACAAGAAACAAAAUAUAAUGUUUACAGAAGGGCUAGAUCCUAAUGCAGUUAAAUGGGUUAAGGAGGGGUCAAAUAAUCUCAAGAAGGAAGUACCUUAUUUUGUCCCAAACGAACGAUCCAGAAUUGAUCCCAUUGCUUCACGUAAUGGGGGUCAAUGGUUUGGACUGCCCCCGACUUCAAAGUUCAGAAGUGGGCAUCUGCCCGGGGUUGUUCCAUUAUCUCGAGUACUACCCGGAGAGGAUAUACAUUCUGGUUCUGAAAAUGACAUGUCAACAGAUUCAGAUGGAGUGGUGUAUGGUGGACGAUAUUCGCUAGAUUCCUCCCCUCAGGAUGUUAGAGUUCCUCCUAGUAAUAGGUACUAUGAUCCUGUCGUAAGACGCCCACAGUAUCAUGUUUACUCUAGUGACGUGAGCUCUUCAGUUGAAACAAUGGGAGUGAGAGGAAGGGGGAAUGUGAUUGAUAGAUCAAUGACGGGAGGAGUUGAUAAAAAUCGCGUUAGAAAUAGUGUUAAUACUGAAGAUGACUCUGAUGAUUCAAGAGGUAGCUCCGAGCUCUUGACUACACAAGUGCCGUCACGAGUCAAUGGAGAUGUUUCCAGAAAGGAUCAGAAGACCUUUGAUGAAGAUACCCCUAGUGCACCUCCUUUUUUGGAUUCACUUGGAGAAAUCAAGCAACAAGAACACCGCCAACCCUCCAAAAUGAAUCAUACUCCAUUGAGAGCUGAUUCUCGUGAUUUCGCAGCUAAGGCGGAUAUAGAAAGGAAGGCUUCUAGUGUAGAUUUGAAGAAGAAUCAUAAAUAUGAGACCUCACAAUCGGCUAAUAGGAAUGUUCGUACUGAUAGCGGGCCCUCUUCAGGAUUGUUUCAUGCCCGUCUUCCGACAUUUCAUGCGAGUUCACUUGGGCCUUGGCAUUCUGUGAUUGCAUAUGAUGCGUGCGUUCGGCUUUGCCUUCAUGCUUGGGCAAAGGGUUGCGUGGAGGCUCCUAUCUUUCUUGAAAGCGAAUGUGCUUUAUUAAGAAACACCUUUGAUUUGCAGCAGGUGUUACUGCAAUCAGAGGAAGAAUUGUUUGUAAAACGCUCUUCUGAAGUUGCUAAGAACGGAGCUGGACGGAAAUCGAAGAAAAUGGUUGGAAAGAUGAAGGUGCAAGUUCGUAAGGUAAAAAUGGUCUUGGAUCCACCUACAGGAUGCAACUUUUCAUCAAUAAAACCACCCAAAGUUAAGUUAGAAACAGUUAAGCGGCACUUUUCCACUGCACAAUCCAAACUCUCAUCCGGAUGGCAAGCAGUCAGGAGAAUUCCUUUCUCGCCCCGUGUUCGCGUCAAUGGUUCCUUUUCUCACCAGAGCUUGGCUUACAUGCAAGCAAGCACUCAGUAUAUAAAACAAGUUUCUGGACUCCUUAAAACAGGCGUUUCAAGCUUGCGUAGCACGUCUUCUGCCAAUGAAGUUGUGCAAGAAACGUACUCAUGUUUGCUAAGACUUAAAAGUUCGGCUGAAGAGGAUACUGUUCGAAUGCAACCUGGUUCCAGUGAAACUCAUAUCUUUCUACCAGAUAGUCUUGGAGAUGACUUGAUUGUAGAAGUACAUGACAUGAAGGGGAACCAUUACGGCCGGGUCUUGGUCCAAGUGGCUACUAUUUCCGAUGAUCCUAAUGAGAAACUACGGUGGUGUUCAUUAUACCGAGAACCUGAGCAUGAACUUGUUGGCAAAGUUCAACUUUAUAUAGAUUACACAACAAGUUUAGAUGACAGCCUCAAGUGUGGUUCUGUUGCUGAGACGGUGGCAUAUGACGUUGUUUUGGAGGUUGCCAUGAAAGUGCAAAACUUCCAACAAAGAAAUUUACUGUUGCAUGAUCCAUGGAAAUGGUUACUCAUAGAGUUUGCAUCAUAUUACGGGGUUUCUGAUUCUUACACGAAGCUAAGGUACCUCUCAUAUAUAAUGGACGUUGCUACUCCUACAGCUGAUUGCCUCUCGCUUGUGUAUGAAUUGUUAUUGCCAGUUAUGAUGAAGGGAAAUAGCAGAAGCGUUCUUAGUCAUCAAGAGAAUAGAAUACUGGGAGAGAUUGAGGAGCAAAUCGAACAGAUUCUUGCUCUCGUUUUUGAAAAUUACAAGUCAUUGGAUGAGCAAUCCCCAUCCGGCAUCAUGAAUGUUUUUAAGCCCGCUACUGGAGUGGUGGCACCGGCUUUAGAGCAUGCUGUGAAACUUUAUAAACUGACUCAUGAUGUAUUAUCUCCUGAAGCGCAGAAUAAGCUAUAUAGCUACUUUCAGGCUGCUGCCAAGAGAAGAUCAAAACAUCUCUUGAGUGAAACUGAUGAGUAUGUUAGCGGGAAUAGCGAAGGCAUUUUGAUGGAUCCUGUCGCUGUUUCCACGGCUUAUCAGAAAAUGAGAUCUCUUUGCCUAAACUUUAGGACUGAGAUAUUCAGAGACAUUGAUAUCCACAACUGCAAUAUACUUCCAAGUUUUAUCGACCUACCGAAUCUUUCAUCAGCAAUAUAUAGCGUGGAACUCUCAAGCAGAUUACGGGCCUUUCUUGUUGCCUGCCCUCCGUCAGCUCCUUCUCCUCAUGUUACUGACCUUGUUAUUGCAACUGCAGACUUCCAAAGGGAUCUUGCCAGCUGGAAUAUCAACCCUGUAAAAGAUGGGGUCGAUGCAAAAGAGUUGUUUCAUCUGUAUAUUAUGAUCUGGAUUCAAGAUAAGCGUUUAUCUCUCCUCGAGACAUGCAAGCUAGAUAAGGUAAAAUGGUCUGGAGUGAGGUCACAACGCUUCACUACUCCCUUUGUGGAUGAGAUGUAUGAUCGGCUUAAAGAGACUUUGAAUGAUUAUGAGGUCAUUAUAUGCCGGUGGCCAGAAUAUACUUUUGCUUUGGAGAAUGCGGUUGCUGAUAUUGAGAAGGCAUUAAUCGAUGCUCUAGACAAACAAUAUGCAGAUGUGGUAGCACCUUUGAAAGAGAAUAUGACACCCAAGAAGUUUGGGCUUAAGUUUGUACAAAAGCUUGCCAAACGAACCACAAAUCCUUAUGCGGUGCCUCCUGAGCUUGGCAUUCUCUUGAACUCGAUGAAGAGAAUGUUGGAUGGGUUGCGUCCUAAAAUUGAGCUCCAGUUGAAGUCAUGGGGUUCGUGUUGUAUUCCUGAUGGUGGAAAUGUAGCACCUGGCGAACGUUUAAGUGAAGUCACCGUGAUGCUUAGAUCCAAGUUUAGAAAUUAUCUUCAAGCAGUUGUUGAGAAGCUUGUGGAGAAUACAAGAUUACAAAAUGGUACAAAACUCAAGAAAAUCCUUCAAGAUUCGAAGGAAAGUUUGGCAGAAUCUGAAAUCCGAUGCAGAAUGCAACCCUUAACAGAGCAGCUAACAAAUACUAUUAAUCAGCUCCACACAAUAUUUGAGACCCAUGUUUUUAUUGCAUUAUGCAGAGGAUAUUGGGACCGUAUGGGACAAGAUGUUUUGGGUUUUCUUGAGAACAGGAAAGAGAAUCGUUCAUGGUACAAAGGAUCAAGAGUUGCCAUUUCUAUUUUGGAUGAUACAUUUGCAUCACAGUUGCAGCAAUUACUUGGGAACACACUUCAAGAUAAGGAUCUUGAACCGCCAAGAUCCAUUGUUGAAGUGCGGUCAAUGCUGUGCAAGGAUGCUUCUAGUUACAAAAAUGAUACAUUUUACUAUUAGUAGCGGUUUUGUACAUACAUAUAGGAAGAUAGCUGAUCACUCUCAACUGGUGAGCAUCAAAGGUCAAAUCUUGCCGUUUUCACAAACAAUCCUCCUGUCUCCUGUUAUUUUUUGAGGUCGUUUCAAUCAAUGAUCAUGCGUAGUUAUAUCUAACAAGUAUAGAAAAAUGAUUUUUGUAGUUGUAGUGAAUAUUAUAGAGAUUCAAGAACCCAUAAAUCGAAUAUAGUAAUCCAAUAAUUGUUUUGUUCA